AUGAACAGCAUUUCUGAUGACCCGCAUAUGGCCGGAUCUGAUGCCAUAUCAGAAAAUGGCCGGGGAACAAGCCAAGAUCAUGAUUACACUCGACAGCCGAUUGCCAUAAUCGGCUAUGGCUGCCGAUUACCUGGACAAGUUUCAUCACCAAACGACUUGUGGGAGCUUUGUACUCGGAAACGAAGUGGUUGGUCGCCUAUCCCAAAGGAGCGCUUCUCAUCAGGUGCCUUCCAUCACCCCAACGCCUCCAAGCUUGGUACUUUCAAUCCUGCCGGUGGUUACUUUUUGCACGACGAUAUUGCUCGGUUCGAUGCCCCAUUUUUCAACAUAACGGCCCAGGAGGCCACCUCUAUGGAUCCGCAACAACGUCUUCUAUUAGAAUGCUCCUAUGAAGCGUUGGAGAGUGCUGGGAUCGCAAAAGAAUCACUCGCCGGCCGAAAUGUGGGUGUGUUUGUGGGAGGCAACUUUGCUGAUUACGAGCUCAAUAACGUUCGCGACGUCGAGACAAUUCCUAUGUAUCAAUCCACCGGUUGCGCACCAUCACUGCAGUCUAAUCGCAUUUCCUACUUUUUCGACUUCCGCGGUCCCAGUUUUACAGUGGACACAGCCUGUUCCUCAUCCUUGGUAGCGCUUCAUGCCGCUGUGCAAAGUCUACGGACUGGAGAGUCUACAGAGACACUGGUGGCAGGAUGUCGUCUCAAUGUGAUGCCUGAUCUUUUUGUUUCGAUGUCCACGUCACAGCUUUUUAAUGAUGAGGGAAGAACAUACGCUUUUGAAGAACGCGCAAAAUCGGGAUUUGCACGGGGUGAAGGGGCCGGAGUAGUGCUGCUCAAGCCCCUGGAUGCAGCACUUAGGGAUAAGGAUCCUAUUCGAGCGGUAAUACUUAACUCGGGAAUAAGUCAAGAUGGACGAACACAGGGAAUCACCAUGCCAAAUGGGCACGCCCAGGAGGAGUUGAUACGACGCGUGUAUCGUGAAGCAAACAUCCGACCUGAGGACUGUGGCUUCGUCGAAAUGCACGGUACUGGGACCAAGGUCGGCGAUCCAAUUGAGGCAAGGGCGGCACAUGCCGCCCUAGGCGCUGGUAGGUCCGCAAAAAACCCGCUAUAUAUCGGCUCUGUGAAGUCAAAUAUUGGACACUUGGAGGGGGCUAGCGGAGUAAUUGCAUUGAUAAAAGCAGCCAUGAUGCUAGACAACGGGCUUCUACUACCGAAUGCGGAUUUCAAAAAGCCGAACGAGGAUAUUCCUUUGCAGGAAUGGAACAUGAAGGUGGUUACGUCGACAAGACCCUGGCCACAAGGAAAGAAGUACAUCAGUGUAUCUAACUACGGCUUUGGAGGCACAAAUGCUCACGUGGUGUUGGAAAGGUCACCGUUAAUCUCAAAAGAAGCAGCUACGCAAAAACCCAGUAACACCAGCUCUAUGGAAGACCCAGAAAACAAACUGAUCGUUAUCUCUGCAAACGAUAAGGAGUCCUUACAAGCAAGAAUAAAAGACUAUGGAAUUUACUUUGAACAACGCCCAGAAGCUUUUGAGAAAAUGUUGUUCGGAAAUUUUGCUUAUACGGUUGGUAGCAAGUUAUCUCAUCUCUCAUACCGAGUUGCUUUGCCUGCAACAUCACUUGACGAGCUAGGUAUAAGACUCGCUCAGAUGAAGAUUAAUCCUUCUAGGGUUCUUGGGGAUCCACGGAUAGGUUUCGUCUUUACUGGUCAAGGAGCUCAAUGGGCGGAAAUGGGCAUGUCUCUGGUGGAUAAAUAUCCUGUUUUCGCCUCAGCGAUAUCCCAAGCCGACCUCUACCUACGUCACUUGGGUGCUUCAUUCUCACUGUUUGAAGAGUUACGCAAAGUCGCCGCGGUAUCUGAAAUUGACUCUCCGCAUCUGAGCCAACCAGCAUGUACAGCCCUCCAGAUUGCUUUGGUUGUGUUACUUGAAUCCUGGGGAAUUCGUCCAUCAUCAGUUGUCGGCCAUAGCUCUGGCGAGAUUGCGGCCUCUUUUGCUGCAGGUGUGUACGAUUUCGAAUGCGCAAUCAGUCUCGCGUACCAUAGGGGCCGAAUGACUAGCCUCCUGAAGCAGCGAUAUCCAAAUUUACAAGGAGGCAUGAUUGCUGUUGGCGCCAGCCCCGAGAUACUUCGCCCAAUACUGAAAAUGCUUCGUGAUGGAUAUGCGAACAUUGCAUGCGUAAACAGUCCAUCUAGCGUGACCGUUUCGGGAGACUUGGCUGCAGUUCAGGAACUAGAGCAAAUUCUCCAGCAAAAGCAGCUAUUCAAUCGUCGUCUCAAAAUCAAUGUUGCAUAUCAUUCCGACCAUAUGAAAGUAAUAGGAGAAGCUUACCUGCAAUCCAUAGCCUCGAUCCACCCUCGUUCCGGAUCGAACUGCGUCAAAUUUUAUUCGUCUGUUCUGUGCAAACUCGUGGAUCACACAAUGUUGGACGCGUCUUACUGGGUCCAGAAUCUCACAUCGCCGGUUUUGUUCCCUGACGCUCUUGGCCAAAUGUGUUGUGGUGAUGAAGAACGUCCGAAUCUCCUCGUUGAGGUUGGUCCUCACUCGGCCUUGAAAGGUCCUAUCAUGGAUACCUUGAAGUACCUUGGGUCCACAGGUUCUAAAAUUGGGUACACUCCAACUAUUGUACGCAAUAUGAAUGCUCACGAAUCUCUCUUGAACGUGGCUGCCACUGCGUAUGUGAGAGGGGUGGCCAUAGAUAUGAAUGCUAUCAAUUUCCCUCGCAGUGCUGCUAAGAAUAAUUGGUUUUUGACGGAUCUCCCUCGCUAUCCUUGGCAGCAUGCAACGCGGUAUUGGCACGAGCCCAGAAUUGCGAAGAAGCACCGUACAAGGGACGGAACACUCAGAAACGAUAUUCUUGGAGUAGUGGCAAACUAUUCCAAUGAUAUGGAGCCGACCUGGAGAAAUAUUAUCCGCCUUGACGAUAUCCCGUGGCUCCGAGAUCAUAAGAUGCAAGGUAUGGUAGUCUAUCCACUGGCUGGAUAUGUCGUCAUGGCCUUGGAAGCUGCCAAAGUACGCGCCCAGCAGCGAAAUUUAUCUUUUACUGCCUACGAACUCCGUGAGGUGGUUGUUGAAUCGGCACUCAUUUUAGUCGAUGACGUCGAUAUGGAAACGACGAUAUCGCUACGGCCGUAUGACGAAGGUACUAGAGGGUCAUCAGAUGUUUGGGACGAAUUCAAAAUUCACUCGUGGAGCUCUGAAAGAGGUUGGACUCAGCACUGUCGAGGACACAUCAAGGUUCGAUCAAAGCUUGGGGGGGAUGAUAUCGGUGUCCUUCCUGGCAGAUAUUCGAACGACUAUACACUGUCCAAGCAAAAAGACAUUGAGGAGGCCUCCGUUAAUCACAUUCACAAACAACAUCUUUACAAGGUCCUUUCCGAUCUAGGGGCUAGUUAUGGUCCAACAUUCCAAGGACUGGAAAACUGCCACGCCGAUUCUCAUCAUUCACAUGCCGACCUUUACAUUCGCAAUACGGCAGCACUCAUGCCGAAGGGGUUUCAGCCACAACUGACCCUUCAACCAGCCUUUCUAGAUGGGCUCUUGCAUCUAGUCUGGCCGAUCCUAGGACAAGGACGCAUGGAUUUGGAAACCUUGUACAUGCCUACUCUAAUUAAAAACGCCACUAUUAGCUGUGGCUGCCCUUCUGCCCCCGGUGAUCAUGUGAGAAUAUACGGCACUGGUAGCCCGCAUCUACCAUCUCCGGAACCGACACAUUUUGAUCUCUUCGCCACCGACACUAUCUCGUCGGAGACCUUGGUCAUUCUCAACGGACUAGUAAUGACACCAAUUCGCGACUUUGGGUCCCAGACUACUGAAAUGAGGAAGUUGUGCUAUAAAUUCCAGUGGCAGCGAUUAUCCACUGCCCAUCCUCAUGCUAUGAGCUUGUGUAAUGAGCCUACACAGUCACAUAUAACAAUACCAGUCAACCACAGCUUGUCCGAUAUCACUAUCGUUUCUGAUACCAACACCACGACUACCCGACUUGAAACGACUAACUCUAUUGGUCCACUUCGUUCUGAUAUCAACAUGAACCGGCCUACAAAUGGUAUCAUGGCGAUUGAUGAUUAUCCUAUUAACCAUUGUAGUGAGGCUGGUAUCAUAUUAAACGGUUAUCACGACGACGGUAAAAGGGAAGUUGACAAUCUUCACCAUACGCUCGAGGAUAGCAAAUUUAUUGUUGUAACCUUCGGUCUUAGCGACACUGGAAUUGCAACAGAACUCGUUAAAUUCCUAAACAUUGGGGCCAAUUACCAGCAGCGAAUGGAUACAAUUGAAAAGUCCGAGUGCGUGCACAAGAGUGUCAUCAUCAUCCAAUCGCCAACUACCUCGCUACGUAACGUGACUAAUGAUGAGUUCAAUUCAAUUCAAUUCAUACUUCUCAAUGCAGCAAGUACGCUCUGGGUUUAUCAAUCGUCUUCACCGGAUUCUCAAAUGACUAUUGGUCUCGUCCGUUCCGUCCGAUCUGAAUCCAUGACUAAGGUGGCAACAUUAGGUUUGGAGACACAAGACUCCUGUACCGCUUUAGGGAUGAUAUCUCAUGUCCUUGGCCUAAUGUGGCCAAGCAAUGGCACAGAAGCCUGCCCUGACUUUGAAUUCAAAGCCCAGGGAACUGAGUUACUUGUUCCGCGCGUUGUGGAAGACGAGGUGUCCAAUUCCUUUAUUCACAGGGAAACCAGCAACUUAGCAAUAGCUACACAGCAGUUCUAUCAACCAGGCAGGCGGUUCAAACUAAACAUUCAAAAUCCCGGCUCUCUGGACACACUUUAUUUCGCAGAUGAUAGUGCGAGUCCCCUGAGUGGGACCUUCGUCGAAGUCGAGGUCAAGGCCACUGGAAUCAACUUCAAAGAUAUUGUUGUAUCUAUGGGUCAGCUAAACCAGCCGUACAUUGGGGUCGAAUGCAGUGGUAUCGUCACGUCUAUUGGUCGUGAAGUGAUAGAUGUGAAAGUCGGUCAGCAUGUUAUGUGUAUAACAGAAGGCUCCUAUUCUACGUAUGCGCGGUGCUUGAGUACUAGCGCUGCGCCAGUUCCCGAUUGUUUAUCUUUACACGAAGCCGCUACCGUCCCUAUUGUAUUCUGCACUGCAUACUAUGGCCUAUUUGAUCUAGGCCGACUAUCCACCGCUGAACGGGUAUUGAUCCAUGCAGGUGCUGGGGGUGUCGGCCAAGCUGCCAUACAACUAGCCCAGACGGCAGGUGCUGACAUCUUUGUUACUGUUGGGAAUCAAGAGAAAAAGGAAUUCCUGAUGGAGCGCUAUCUUAUUCCCGAAGAUCGUAUUUUUUAUAGUCGGGAUACAUCUUUUGGCAGUGCAAUCCGCAAUGCCACACAUAACGAAGGGGUGGACGUGGUUCUCAAUUCCCUUGCUGGCGAUUUACUUCGAGAAACCUGGGAGUGCAUAGCACCGUUUGGUAGAUUUAUCGAAAUUGGGAAGGCUGAUAUUACCAAAAAUACCCGACUCGACAUGUUUAAAUUUGAAGAAAACGUCACCUUCUCGUCCGUUGAUUUGACCAAAGUGGCAAAAUUCCGGCCACGUCUGAUGAAACGCCUAUUGAACGACGUUUGCAAACUCAUCAAUGGCGGGUCCAUCAAGCCAAUCUUUCCAAUUACGAAAUAUCGCAUUUCUGAGAUUGAGACAGCAUUCAGAACCCUUCAGACUGGAAAAAACAUAGGAAAGGCCGUCGUAAUUCCUCAUCCAGAUGACCAAGUGAAGGCCGUGUUACCGAAGUCGAGCUCCCGUUUACUCCGCCCUGAUGCUACCUAUAUCCUUGUUGGAGGUACUGGUGGUAUCGGUCGAAGUAUGGCUAAAUGGAUGUCUUCUAAGGGUGCUAGACAUAUAGUACUUACCUCGCGUAACGCGACUAGCUCCAAUGUGAUACAAACUUUGAUGGAUCAGGUCGCAGUUGCAGGAACUCACAUUUACGUGAAGGCGUGUGAUAUUAGCGAUAGUGUUUCUGUGGAAAAACUCGUGAAAGAGGGGCUUAUAGGCCUUCCUCCGAUAAGGGGAGUUGUCCAUGGUGCCAUGGUUCUCCGAGAUACUCUUUUUGAACAAAUGACCCUAGAAUAUUUCCAAGAUGUUGCCGCCUGCAAAGUCGAGGGUGCAUGGAAUCUUCAUUAUAGCUUGGCCAACUCGCCGUUGGACUUUUUCAUAGCACUGUCAUCCGUGGCUGGCGUCAUUGGAAACCGCGGACAAGCUGCCUAUUCGGCUGCAAAUGUGUUCCUUGAUGGGUUCAUGGAUUACCGUCGAUCGCAGAAUCUUCCUGGCACUUCUAUAGACCUAGCGGCUGUCACUAAUGCCGGAUACUUGGCUAACAGCGAUUCAACAAGGCAGCAAGAGGUCUUAAAGAACAUUGGCUCUGCUACAAUUGACGAGUCUGAAGUACUAGCUCUUCUUGCUUUAGCGAUUACUGGGGAAUUGACCAAGACCCCACUUGGUCAUUCUAUCACUGGCUUGGAAGUCAACGGAUCACUCGACAGCUUUUGGGUUCACGAUGCUAAGUUUUCUGUUCUCCGUAAUGCUGCUGAAUCCCAACAAAACAAUUCCACGAGCCAGGACGUGUCUUUACGAGCCGCGUUGAAGUCUGCAACUUCCACAGAAGAUGCAGUGGAACAAUGCUAUCAGCGUUUAGUCGUGAAACUCGCAGAUGUCCUUGGUUUAUCUCCCGAGGACAUGGAUUGUUCGACUAGAGUGUCAUCUCUCGGCCUCGACUCCUUGGUCGCGAUUGAGGUCCGUAACUGGAUUGCGCGUGAGGCAGAGGCGAAUGUGCAGGUGCUAGAAUUGUUGUCAAGCGAGUCGCUGAUGAAGCUGGCUAGUCUCAUAUUGGCCAAGUCAAAGCUUUCGUUGAGCGUCUGA